UGAUAUCGCCGUGUACGGACGGCUGUUUAUUAAUUUUUAAUAAAAUUAUGAAAAUAAACGAAACAUUGCCAAUCAGACAUCAAUUACACUAAUAUUCUCAUUAUAAAGCAUUGAAAUGGUGUGAAAAGUGUUUUGUAUCUGUGAAGGGGAACGAGAUAAUCGAGCAAAAUGGCAAAGGAGAUGAUGAUAGUGUUUGUCUAUGACACUUUGUGCUGCACUUCAGAGGAGGACGACCCUAUUGAUGCAGUGCUGUACUUCCAUCCUGGAUGGGUGUCUGAUACCCAGAGACAUGCACUAGCGGGACAAGUUGUGGGCGCCGCACACUGCGUGAAGACACUGUUCUCCCAGCCUAUUGCCAUCACCCUACAGAGCGGGAAGUUCAUCAUCAGAGAAUAUGGGAGGUACAUAUUGGCAAUUGGCAGUGAUAGAAACAUCCCAGACUGGGUACUUAAGAACCGAGCGAAUCUUCUCACCUCCAUGAUCAAAGUCUACCAUGGAGACCUGCAAGUCCUGGCUGAACAGAUGGAAGACCAACGCAGACUCUCGGAGAAGCUGUACCAGGUCUUUGAGACGUAUCUACCGGUGCUACAGUAUGGGUGCCAUAUCUUUCAAAGGGUGCCUAUGUUGACUUUGCCAAAAAGCGCGACAUCAGUUUACAUGGAGUCGAUGCAAAUACUGGAACACUGUAGGAAAAGCAGCGGCGUCUUAGGUGGCGUCAUACUGUACAAUAAUAAAAUAAUCGCCACACAACUGCCUCCCGGUCUCACCUCCUACCUAACAGUUGUGGACCCGUACAGAAUAAAAUCUCCCGCGGAAACCCUCGAUACUGAGACUCCACUGCCACUUGGCGCUCAACUCCUCGUGGUGUACGUUGGAAAGAAGCUCUAUGAUAACUUGAAGAAACAGGUCGAUAAGAUACAGGAGUUCCAUCAGAACGGAGAGGAGAUGAUUGCUAAGUUUAAAAAGAGUCAGGAAGUCGAACGCGAAAAACAACGCGAGUUUCCCCAAUCCGGUAUGAAGAGAGAUAAGUCGCUACUCUUCACCGCCGUCCCUGAAGAAGACCACACCAUGAUAUCACCUCCCAGCAGGGAAGAACGCAACCCUGACGAGGAGAGGAAGCCUCCUUCCAUGCCAGACGUCGUACCAUUUACUAACAAACCAAGACAAAGGCCCACGAAACUAUCACUUAGCUUCAAAACACAAAAAUCAUUGGACGAAGAUAUCCAAGAAAAUGAUAAAGUGUUCACAGGACAAACUAGUGUGUGCUCCACCCCUAUGGUUGAGUACAAACGACUCCACGGCAACAUGCUCUCCAUCUGCCAAAUACCUGAAAGCCAGCAAGAUAACAUCAACACGGAAUUAGAACCAGACGUCUUAAAAAAUAUAGAAAACUGCAAUAAAAUUAAUUUGGAAAACGAAAAGCGCGACAACAAAAUGGUUUUAGACAUAAAUUGUAUCGCCGACCACUACAUCAACAAACCAGAGCCAAUCAGAAAGCUCGCCAGUGUCACAGACCUACAAGAGACUAUAAAGAAAUUGUCAAAUCGCGCGACUUCUAAGUUUAAGUUGAAACGAUCGAAAGUGUCCCUGAACGAUGAUACUCCGUCCCCUGAACAUACCCCUAAGAACCCCGGCACUAUGACCAUCAACGAUCCAUUGUUCCCAGUCUUCAGGAACGAUGGUGUUGCCAUAUCAGAAUCCCUUUUCAACCAAUAUUUAGAACAGCACUAUUCGAAAAUGAAACAAGACUCCACCGACAAUAUGUUCACCUUCAACAUGAAACUAUGUGAGCAGGAAAAGUUUGAGGACUUUGAUUCAGAAUUAAAUAGAUCUCCUCAAAGAACUCCUAAGAAGAUAGCAAAGGAUUCUACGAAAACGUUACCAACGGAUCAGUCGAGGAGGAAAUCUUUAUCUUUACCUUUGAAAUCGUUGAAUGAAAGUACAGAUUCUCAGAUAGGGUCAGAGUCAGAGGCCACCAGUUUCAAAAAGAAGUUGACUGGUGUGCAGUUGACACCUUUGAUGGAGAAACUGAGUCAUUUGGCGUUUUCUGACAAGUCGAGUGGGUACAGUAGUAGGGUUAUGACGCCGCUUGAGUUGAGGGAGUUCCUGACGCCGGCGGCUGAAAGGCAGAUCACAUUUACUGAUAGGCCAAAAACUCAGCAACAGGACUCUGAGAGUGACGAUGACUCCGACAGUGACUUGGAGCUGUUACCAGAGUACAGUAAGCACGCCGUCAAGUGCGCGCUGUUUGUGAGCGGACUGCACAACAUGGCGCUACUUGCGUUAGUUGACACCGACGCUGCCAAUAAUGUGGAAACUAUUAAUACACUGUGGGAAACAUCUCUAAACGCAUUAGGUCCAAUAGAGCAAAAAUGUAUCGAGCCGCUGGCAGCCGUCGGAGACGCGACGGACUACAGUUACUUGACAUUGGACCCUGAUUGGGGCACCGUCCGCAAAGGUGGGCCAUGGGCCGCGCUAGACAUAGCAACCAUGGGACUCAUACAUAACGAAUUCGCAGAAGAUCCUGAAAUGUCGGAAUUUAUAUUGAGGAGUGACGAGAGCGUAGUAGUGGGGUCUGUAUGCGGUGGGGCUCAAGUAUAUUAUCAAGAGAAGGGUCCUCGAGGUGCUGGGCCGCCGCCACCGUCAGAUAUACUGGCGGCCGCUCCACUGCGCGCGAGACGUCGCCUGCACCGUGAUCACGCCACGCUACUCCUGUAAUCUUACACAUCAUACAAGCGUGCUGACUUACAGACACAGGUAUAAAAACCAUUGUCGUUUGACGUUAUCACAAUUUAAACUGCAUAAUUAUUAUGGCAUCAAAGAGAAUUCGCCACCUAAAUAAAAAUGUUACCAAACGGAUCGAUGUAUAAGUCGUUGAAAUGUGUUGAAGAUUUGUACUGUUUAGAAAAGACUUCCAUGGGCAUGGCAAUGUCAAUUUAUCAGCAGUAAUGAGAUUUGCAAUGAAUUCAACCUAGCAGAACAUUUUUAGAGAUUAUUGUUAUGUAGAUAUAUAUCAAUGGAAAGGGCGUUAAUUUCGACGAUAAUUCUAUCAUGACUUCACUUGCAUCUAAACAUGAAGUGUCAGAAUACACUUAGACAAAAUGAUAUUACAUACUAAACAUACUUACCUAUAUAGUCGAAUACUUUGGUAGAUUGAUAAUUCAUCCGUAAUUUUGUCCUUUGUACAACUGUUGUAUUUGUAGCCAAUUUGAGACUUGGAUCACACCAAUUUCAUAGUAACUAGUACCAAUAUUGUUAGUAUGCAACUUAGUACACACAUAAUUCCAAAUAUUCUAUGUAACCAAUACCAAAUACUGACCCCAAUGAAGCUUCACAGUCCCACUCGGUUAUUGUUUAAACAACAAGUAGGAUAAGUAGCUAUCGUAUUUACUAUAGAACCUUAUUAUUUCCACAUUAAUUUCAGCCUAUUUAACAGCAUAUUUUAUACAAACAGUAGAUCCUAAAUAAUAAAUAACGUACCUACCUAAUGUUUUUAUUGUGGGUAUACUAUGAAUUUUAAAAUAUGACAAGUAUGAAUUACGCGCCUGAACGUACUCAUAGUGUCGAGAAAACGCGGUUUUAGGGAUUUUUCUACCAAGCGUACGGUGCAGUAAAAUGUUGCCCACUAUAAAAAAGCUUGUAAAUAUUGCCAAAUUGUUAUUUGUAAGAAAAAUUAGAUGAAGUUUUUUAUGAAUGUCAAUGGUGUCUGUAUGAAACAGUUUUGUUUUUAUACAAGGAAUGCUUAUUAUAAGCUAUUACAAUUUUCAGCAGCUUUACAUCUGCUGUACUGCGCCAACAUGAUAUUAUACACAAUACCUGUGCCACUGAAGAUGCUGAAUUUGACUUGUUUUAUAUUUUUUUAUGACUACACCAAGUAGUAUAUUAUUUGUCAUAGUAGUCUCAUUAAAUCCAAUCAUGUCAGUUAAAUUUUAUACUCAUUAUAAUUUUAGUAGAAGUCUGUAGAGAUGGUAAAGGAUGUAAUGAAACUUCAAAUCAUUUUGGCUUAAUUUUAUUUACGAAAUAUGUAGUUAU